UUACCUCCCUGCUCGUGGAUUUCUUCCCUAUGCCAUUUUUAAUCCACAUCAGACAGACAUAUACCAGUCAGGCUCUGCUAACACUACCACCAUCACCUCGCCACAACCCCUUUAUCUACCAUGGAUAGUCUUAAUCUGCUUGGCGCCGCCAUUAUCUCUAGGGUUUUGGAUAUCGCAACGAACAACACUCUUCAUAAACACUCCGGCAUGGAUGAUUUUCGACAUGUUGUAGAGCUCACUACUGUAUGCAGGUAUUGGAAAGACUGUAUGCCACCAUACGCUAGUGAGACGCUUAUUGCAGAACGUUCAUACUCGUGUGACGUGGCUCCUAGAGAUAGCUGCAUUCCUGGCCAUGAAACUAAAUGGUCUACCAAUCUCAACUACAUAGUCACUAUGGGGAAACGAAAUCUUGUGAAGGAGAUGCGAGUGGUAAUGCUAGGCUUGUGUGGGUGUAGAUUACGUCUUACAUCUGCACUUGCAGCAUUAAAUAUUUCGACCGCGCAAUGGACAGGGGUCGAGGAGUUAUUCUUUAUUGGUGAAGGGGUAUUCUAUGCAGGCAUGAAAAUUGCGCUCGUGGAAAAGGCUACACACUUGCACACUGACAUUUCCCGUAUGGUCUCCACAUUCCCCGGUAUCUGCUCUAUGGGGUAUCAUGCAUUCCAACACUCUUGCUUUAGUUCAGGGUAUCCUUCGCAUCCCGAUGGUGCCUCUCCUUUUUAUUUUACAUUACAGCGUGCAAUGCUCAAUCGAGCUACCAAACUUUUAUGUAUGUUCCCAUUCCCCUCUGAUUCUCUUUUAUACUUUACAGGUAAACUCUCCCGUCUUGACCUAAACAUUAACGUCGUGAAGGACCUUGGCCGUGUGCCUCUCUUUGACCCGGACAUUCUCGAGACUGUGAGGCUUUACGAGCUGACUGCAACUAAAGAUCCUUGGUAUUUGUUUAAACCCAGCCGCAAUGGUGCCCUCACGUUUCCCUGUCUGCGCGAACUGGUUAUACUUUAUUACAAACGACUUGAACAAGCUACGCCCUCACUCUAUUCUACAGGCGGACUCACAAUUGUGUUCCCAGCCCUCGAAAGAUUGUAUAUCUCUGAUUCCACUAAGCAUGUGGUAGGGUUCCACGGCCUGUUUGGAGAAGCACCAUACCUUACAAAUAUCUCAGAGCCCAUCGAUCGUCUACCUUUUAUUGAUCCUGAAAUAGUGAAAACUGCUAGCAUUCUGAGGUUUUUUGGCGAAGAGCCAGUUAACCCUAUUGAACCGCGGCCACCGAGGAGUAGGUUUACUCAGUUCUACGAAACACCAUCAGUGGCUAUUGAUGCAUUUCUAACAAAUGCCACAUUCCCGUUCCCUGCACUUACCAGGUGGUACAAUCUCCGGGUCCUCGAUUUCAGAACAGAUGUUGCAACGCUGCCUGAACUCACCUGCCUCCUUUCACAGCUCCCAAAGCUCUGGUACUUAUCCAUUGUAUGUCUGACCAUGGAUCGCCGCGACGUAACCAGCUGGCAGUGGGACCGCAGCACUAUUGACGACGAGGCGAGACAAAUCCCCAUGGUCGACGACUUGGAGCCAGUCAAUAUCAAACUGCAGAGCCUACACUUCCGGUCAGAUCGGUUUAUUGACAUCGAAGGUUUAGCGGAGCUGACCAAGUGGCUCCCCUCGUUGCUGGAAUUGACAGUUCUGAAUUUUUACGUCGACGAAAUGAGAGAGGAGCUCAAGAACGUGAAUCGGGAGGAUGUCGAGGUCAGCGAGUUUCCGCACAGGGGUUGAGGACCAGUAAAUUAUAUGUCGGUCCAAUACGUCACUUAACAUGUACUGUUUACCAGAUAUCAUAAGCUAAUGCUGCUAGUGAUCGGUAUAACUAUGUACCUUGUAACGGGUCUAGGUGUGGCAGAAUCUGCAGGAGACAUUAGAAUUAGGCAAAGAGAUCAAGAAUAUAUGUUAGUUUGGAGUAAAUCCGAGUGAGAAGUUGGCACGGUUCUUGCACUUAUUCACUCUGGGCUAUCAGUAUUCACAGCUAGCACUACAUCCUGCAUAAAUGCAUGCAUGCGCUGCUGCUUGCAAAACAGCAGACUCUGCCCCGAUUGUCUGCCUUGAUUGGUGGUCAGGUUCUGUCCAGAUUUCCACUCACAUCGCACCCGUGACAAUAAACAGGGGCCGGGAGCGCUGGCAGAUAAAAGUAGGAUAGGCG